CGGUCAGGGAGCUGGACACACAAGAGGCCACGGGGCCGCGGACCGGCCCAGGCGGCGGCCCCGAGGGCGGCGGGAGGCCGCGGCUUAGCUCCGGGCUCCGGGAAGCCUUCCAGUCCCCAGACCCUAGCCCUUCCCCCACGUCCCGGGCUCCGCGGAGUGUAAACAGCCGAACUCCAGCCGGGCUAGGGGAGGGUCCGGCCAGGAGAAAUGAGGCGAUGAAGACCCGCAGAGUCCCUCCGGUGCCCCAGGGUCCCCACUGGCAUUUUCGGGGUGACGUCACGGCCUUCAAUCUGAUGUCACGUUGAGCCUGUGACGUCCUACACAGCCCAUAAGCCCAGGCGCCAGAACCCUCUGGCCGAAACCUCGAAGUUUCCUCUGGUGGAGCCACUUGUGAACGUCCUAGGCCUGUGGGUAGGGGUCUGAAGGUGGGGCACCGCCCAACUUAUCUGGGGACCCCCUCCCCUUUCUUUUUGCUGCUCUCGUUGCUCCCCCUUCGCGGUCCGCGGAGGCGGGGGGGGGGCGGGAACGCCUCCGGGAGCCCGGCCCCGCCCCCGCCCCGCCCCUAGCCCUCAGGGCCAGGAAGCGCGGAAGGAACUGCCGGGGGCCAUGGACGGAGCUGUGAUGGAGGGGCCGCUCUUUUUGCAAAGUCAGCGUUUCGGUACCAAGAGGUGGAGGAAGACCUGGGCGGUACUCUAUCCUGCCAGUCCCCACGGCGUAGCGCGGCUCGAGUUCUUUGACCACAAGGAGUCGAGCUCUGGAGGGGGCCGAGGGGGCUCGCGCCGCCUGGACUGCAAGGUGAUCCGUCUGGCGGAGUGUGUGAGCGUGGUCCCCGUGGCUUUGGAGAGCCCCCCUGAGCCUGGCGCCGCAGCUUUCCGCCUGGACACCGCGCAGCGCUCCCACCUGUUGGCGGCAGACGCGCCGUCCAGCGCCGCCUGGGUGCAAACACUGUGCCGAAAUGCCUUUCCGAAAGGUAGCUGGGCUCUGGCGCCUGCGGAGAACUCACCCAAGCUUUCUGCCCUGGAGAUGCUGGAGAACUCGCUGUAUAGCCCCACCUGGGAAGGAUCCCAGUUCUGGGUAACGGUGCAGAGGACCGAAGCCGCUGAGCGCUGUGGCCUGCAUGGCUCCUAUGUGCUGAGGGUGGAGGCUGAGAGGCUCACUCUCCUGACCGUAGGGGCCCAGAGUCAGAUACUGGAGCCACUCCUUUUCUGGCCUUACACUCUGUUGCGCCGCUAUGGCCGGGACAAGGUCAUGUUCUCUUUUGAGGCUGGUCGCCGCUGCCCUUCAGGCCCUGGAACCUUCACCUUCCAGACAUCGCAGGGGAAUGACAUCUUUCAGGCAGUUGAGACUGCUAUUCACCGGCAGAAGGCCCAGGGAAAGGAUGGUCAAGGGCAGGAUAGUCUCAAAGCCGAUUCCCAUGAAGAAGUGGCAGAGAGGAAGUCGGCAUCCCUGCCUGGCCCUCAGGAGCUCCUGGGUUGCCCUCCUGCCCUGUAUGCUGAACCCUUAGACUCCUUGCGCAUUCCUCCAGGCCCUUCCCAGGAUUCCUUAUACUCAGACCCCCUGGACAGCACCCCUGCUCAGGCAGGGGAGAGAGUACAAUUCAAGAAACCUCUUUAUUGCGACUUGUACGAGCAUGUGCAGCAGCAGUUGCUGAAGGCCAAGCUGACGGACCCCAAAGAGGAUCCCAUCUAUGAUGAACCUGAGGGUCUAGCCCCAGCUGCUCUCCGAGGCCUUUACGAUCUGCCUCAGGAGCCCAGGGAUGCGUGGUGGUGCCAGGCUCGGGUGAAGGAGGAGGGCUAUGAGCUCCCCUACAACCCUGCCACUGAUGACUACGCUGUGCCACCUCCUCGGAGCACAAAGCCCCUCCCAGCUCCCAAGCCCCGGGGCUUGGCCUUCUCUGAACUUGGAGCUGCAGCUGGUGGUGGCAGCAAAGGCCGCAGCUCAGACACUGUCCUGUACAGCCAGGUCCAGAAGAGCAGUGCCUCAGGGAGCUGGGAAUGUGAGCUGUCUAGAGCAGGUGCUGACAGGACCGGGGUCAAGUCAGAGGGCUCCACAUGAGAGGUAGAGCAAGGCUGGGGUUGCUGAUAGGACCACCACGGGGAGGUGGCACUGGGGAUCAAAGAAACCUAUUAGAACCUGCAGAUCCUCCAGAGGGCUGGAGGAUCCUGUGUAAGCCAGCCCAGGGGACCGGAGGGAUCAGGGGAGUCAAGGGAAGGAUGAUUAAUCUCCAGAAGUCUUAGAAGUGGGAGAGAUGGCAGGGGUGAGGGAUGGGACCUGGGAGAGACCAGCACCCCAAGUCACCCUCCGAAAAGGAAUGGACAGCUGCUAGACCAGGUCUAUGAAAAGGGGUGCUUAGUCUGAGUUGGUGCAGUUUGAGGGGACUGCAUGGAGGCUCUAGGGUGAUGCUGGACUGUGCCUGGAUUCUCACCCCUGCAUUGUUCUUUGCCAGAGACCUAGAUUUUAAGAAGUUUAUUCUCAUUAAAGUCAGCUUGGGUUUAAGAGGUCUAUGUGUGUGAACAGUCACAGAGGGGACAUGGCGGCAGGGUGUGCUGGGUGGGUGUGGAGGGGGUCAGGAGAAUGUAUUGGGGGCCGCAGAAGGAGGAAGGGGUCCAGGGAGGUGAGUUGAGCAGUGUGGUGGGUGAGAGCCUGGGUGGUCCAGUCAGGCCCACUUGGGCUUGAGCCUGUCUCUGGGAUGCUGGGCGAGUUGUAUAACAUCUGUAACCCUCAGUUUUCCUCAAUGCCCCUCUGUAAAAUGGGAAAACCCAGCACCAGACUCUACUUCACAGGGUUGUGUGAAAGGAGUUAAGUUUCUCAAAUACUUAGUGCAGUCCGAAGCAGAGAUUAAGCAUUUUAUAAAUGGUAGUUAUUCUGUGGAUGGAGAGGGCCAACAGAAAAGUGGACAGGCUCGGAGAGAAGAGAAUAGGAAGGGAAUAGGUCUUUUUCACACCAUCUUUCCCUCCUGUUCUCAGCUAUAUGACACCACCUGCCCCAAUACACACAAAUACACACGUGCACACACACACUUUACCUGUAGGUACUCAAGCACCAACCAUUUUUCUAUUGGAGGGUUGAAGGGAACUGCUCUGUGGUGGCUAUAGUGGGAAGAGCAUAGCUUUGGAAUGAGGCUUAAAUUUCCAUAGUACUUAUUUUUCAAGAGCUCUGAAAACCUUGUCCUAGUCUCUUGAGGUCCAGUUUCCCAAAGGUGACCUGACCUCAUCUACUUGCUUACAGGGAACUGCAAGGAGAAAUUCGGGGUUGGGAUUGCUCCUAACAAUGGUGGAGACUUACUGGGUAUUUAAUCUUCAUCUGUGUUAAUGGUAUCAAAUGAUCCAAAAGAAAAUGAGCUCCUGUUUGGAGAAGGAAAAAGUUCAGCUGUGUCUCUUCUGGGCCUGGGUGGUGGGGGUGGGGGCGGUAGCAGCACUGAAGACAGAGGAGGGGAAGGCUCUGUUUCCCAGUCACCUGGAGCUCACAGAGGCUCAAGUGGACAGAAGGCAAGUGUGACCACAGAAAGCCAUUCACUGUAUGAGCCUUAGUAUAGAUGUGGUUGAGCAGGGCAGCAGGGCUCUGGCGCUGGGGACUCAGGGCCCUGAGGGAUACUCCUCCUCUUUCUCCUCCCUCGCUUCCUCCCUGGAAGGCCAGAAGAAGGCUUCUGAGGAAGACUCGCGGGCUGCUGGCAUCUGGGGGGCUCUGCCAGGGGUUGGAGUCAUAGGCAGGGGGGCCACUGUGGCUCGAACUCGGUUUGUCUGGAACUGCCCAGCCUGCAAAGAAAGCAAGCAGACUUCUCUGAAGCCCAGACCACAGUUCCUGAUCUCUCCUGUUCCCUGUUGGGCCUCCUGUCUUAACUCCUUCAUGUGUUCCAUCCCUUGAGUGACAGCCUCAAGGCCCAGGGCAGUGGAGUCCCCUGGGCUUGUCUUCCUGGUUGAGUGUCUCUCCUCUGUUAGCCUGCCCACCAGCUAGCUUGUGGUGGGCUCUGUUCUCAUCUCUAGAUUGAUUGUAAUUUGGAAAGAUCUUUCUCUUGUAACUUCAGCUAAGGCAAAGCAGGAGUUUCUAAAGGCUCUGUUACUGAGAAACUAGGAAAAGAUUAAUAGGGACAAAGGGAAAUAUCAUAGAAUAUGAAUUUCAUAAAAAUAACUCCACUCUCAAUUCCUUUUCUCUCUUUAACCCUUGUUGCUAAAGCUCUGACUCCAGUUGACUAACUUGGGUCAGCCUCCUUUUCCUCAUCUGUACAAUGAGUAUUAACACUUACCUUGCAGGGACGCUGUGAGGAUUAAAUGAGAAAGACACAUGUGAAAGCCCUUGUCACAAAACCUGACAAAUGGCUGGUGUUCAGUAAAUGCUAAUUUCCUUCCCUCUGGACAUUUCUUUUUCCACCUUCCAUUUAGCCUUUUCUUUAAACAGAAGCUGUGGUCUCAGUGCUGUCAGUUUGCUUAGUGGGCCAAUGGUCUGUUAAAUGACUAAUGAGUUAUCAUAAGUGCUACAGUUAAGAUACCUAAAUAUUACCAUAUGUAAACGUCCAGUGCCAGGGCAGAAAAGCGUCCCUACCAGGCAGGGGUUGUAAUUUCCUUUGUCUAGGGAAAAGAGCUGUUCUUUUUCUUCUUCCCCUGUUGGCUUGGUUUUCCCCUCCACCAGGGGAGAUCCAGGGAAGAGGGCUACUCCCUUGGUUGCGGGGAGAGGGGAAUUGGGGACAGGGUAGGAGGGCUCUCUUGGAUUCUGGGCAUAAUGGGAAGGAAGGGGAGUAGGGAGGGAGCUGUACCUUUCUCAGGGCCCGGCUCUCUGAGCUUGGGUGGAGCCGGCCCUGAGGCUUGAUAAAGGUGCUGCUCAGGUGUGAGUACAGGUGACUCCAAGCCUGCAAGGGGUUGUAGGUGGGCUCUAGUUCCAGGCUGUCCAGCACGCUCUGAGGAAGAGAGAAGAGGAGCCUUACCCAGGGAACCUGUGGUCACAGAACACAAGAUGUGAGGCAGAGUAUGAGAGGCUGGAGGAUGUGUGAAGACUGAAAUAGAUGUGGGUCCCAUUGGGUGUCCUGGCCCCCUGAUCUGAGUGCUUGUGAUGAUGUACAGUUCCAGCAAGAGUGCAACAAGUAGGUGCAACCUUGAGUGAUUAGGGACGCGGAAGACUCUGGCCCCAAGAAGUGCGUCAUGGGAUUCUGAGAGGGGCUGGAGUGCUGUGAGGUUACAAGGGAUCCAGUGUGCAUGGCUGUGAGGGAGGGGUGUCCAAGGCCUGGGGUGCUCACAGUCUGCCGGGAGCACACUGAGUUCUCUGCCUGGCCUGUGAGGUGAGCAUAGCCUGAGGACACGCAAGCACAGCAUUCCUGAGCAGUCAGGUUUUCCGGCCACAACAUCCUGUGCCAGGAACCACUGGCCCCAAAGUGAGACACUGAGCGAGCCAUGGCCACUCGUGCCCACCUCUCUCUGCAUGCUCACAGCCACCAGGGCAAGAACACAAUCCCAGGCUCUGUCCUCUUUGCACGUAAGCCAGUGAUCCAGCAGUGAUGUGGUUCCAGUUCUCUCUGCCCAGAGCCCCUCCUCCUGCCUUCAGCCAGGGGAGGCUGGCAGAGGAAAUCCAGAAUCCAGAUCCAAGGAAGAGAGGAGGAGGAGGGGGAGGAGCGGGAGGCACAGGAGAAGGGGGGAGAAAAUGGCUGGCAGCUCAGUUCCCUCUGUUGCCUGGGAGUCUCAUUUUGAAGCCCUUCCUAUCCUGGGCACCUACAUUGGCUACCUUUUCCUCAACAAACAAAAAUAGUUGCACACAAACAGGUACACACAUCUGCACACACACAAUGCAGAGAAAGACCCGUGGGAACACACCAUCACACAGACCCACAUCACAUUACUGACCCUCCACCACCUUCUUGGCACAACCACUUUUCCUCUGCUCCCCAGUCCUUCCCCCACAGGCUCGCUCCUCUCCCUCAUGCCUUUCUCCAACUCCCAACUCUUCUCUCCCUCUGUCUGUCCCAAGAGAUCUGAGCUCCACUUGCCUCUACAAUCUUAAGGCUGUCAUCAGGUGGGUCCUCAGGCAGCAGGGGGAAGGGGCUGGGCAGCAUCAGUUCCCGAGUGGCCACUGCCUUCACCAGCAGGGUGGGGGAGCGUGAUGGCACAAUCACAUAGAAGGUGCUGGCAGGCUGUCUCAGGCUGGGUCCUCCACUCAGGGGCUCCCCUUUGGCCAACAGCAGCCAUUCUCUUUUCUGAAAUAAAGACAUAUAUAAAUGCUGGUUCA